UUCAGAAGAAUGCUUGAAUGUUUCUCCGACAGUAAUUCCACACAAACUCAGAAGCUUGAUGAAGUUAUCAUUGAGCUGGAUUUUCUAGACAGUGAAGUUUUAUCAAACAACGACAGAUGGUUAGAACAACCAAUAUUGGGUAGCCUGCGUUACUGGCAUCUAACAGGUAUUGUUGGUAUACUGGUUUCUAUUAUCUUUUUCACACUUUGCUCGGUUUUUAAGGUUCGAAUUCCUCGAACCAAAUCUGAGAUUGAUGCCAACUACAAGCGGAGAAUGUUGAUGCGAGAUUUUAAUGCCAGAAUGAAGACACUCGAGCAUAGCGAGCUUGAUGAUUUAGAUUACAGGCGCGCACUGGAGAAACUUAGACAGGAUUUAAAAGCAGAUUCAGAAAGCAUUGCUCAAUCAGAGCAGUCCCAGAUCAUCGAUCAACCUGAACUUGUAGUUUCUACUAAACAAAAAUGAACAUGAACGAAUAACCAUGCAAUAAAUAUGUAAUAAUCCUCUAUUUGGAACUGUAAUAAAUAGUUUUUCUCA